CUCCUUCACUCUGCACUGUAACCCCCCCUCAGGCACUUUAAUCUAAAAUUAUUUGUUCAUUUUUUUUUUAUAUUUUUAAAAUUUAUUUUCCUUAAUGAAUGUAUUUAAUCUUGUAGCUCAAGCAGUGACUGGUGUAUGUGCCUUAAUGACAAGCCGGUUGUUUUAAAGUGAAUUGUGGCAUGACAACAUGAAUUCACCUUACACAGCUGUGCAGUAUUACCCAGAGUUCCCCUUCCAUCGACUCAGGGAUCCUUCAGCUUGUUUGUCCUGGAGGGAGAGCUCCAUCCUCACCACCACCCAGAAUCAGGGAGCACAAACCUCUGACUUCUUCAGUCAAGAUGUCUUCAACCAGUUGUUUGAUAUGCUGGACCAAUCUGCCAUUCAUUCAGUUCAGCCCAUCGAACUGAACUUCUCAGACAGUUCAGCUGAUGGGUCUGCAGGAAACACCAUCCAGAUCAGUAUGGACUGCAUCACAAUGCACGAGCAAGAUGAGCRCCUUUCUUCUCAGUACACAAACCUGGGACUCCUGAACAGCAUAGAGCAGAACACCGGCUCGACCUCCACCAGCCCCUACAACAACGAGCACGCUCAGAACAACGUGACGGCCCCGUCGCCCUACGCCCAGCCCAGCUCCACCUUCGAUGCCCUCUCCCCAUCGCCCGCCAUCCCAUCCAACACAGAUUAUGCCGGACCCCAUACGUUCGACGUGUCCUUCCAGCAGUCCAGCACAGCAAAGUCUGCCACCUGGACGUACUCGACAGACCUGAAGAAGCUCUACUGCCAGAUUGCCAAGACCUGUCCCAUUCAGAUCAAAGUGCUGACCCAGCCUCCGCAGGGCGCCGUCAUCAGAGCCAUGCCCGUUUACAAGAAGGCCGAGCACGUSACCGAGGUGGUGAAACGUUGCCCCAACCACGAGCUCAGCCGCGAGUUCAACGACGGUCAGAUAGCGCCACCGAGCCAUCUGAUCCGCGUGGAGGGGAACAACCACGCCCAGUACCUGGAGGACUCCAUCACUGGACGGCAGAGCGUGCUGGUUCCGUACGAGCCUCCCCAGGUGGGGACAGAAUUCACAACUAUUUUAUACAACUUCAUGUGCAACUCGAGCUGCGUGGGUGGAAUGAACAGACGCCCGAUCCUCAUCAUCGUCACUCUGGAAACCAGAGAUGGACAGGUGUUAGGCCGCCGCUGCUUCGAGGCCAGGAUCUGCGCCUGCCCGGGCCGAGACCGCAAGGCCGACGAGGACAGCAUCCGCAAGCAGCACGUGACGGACACCACAAAGAGCAGUGAUGGUACGAAACGCCCCUACCGCCAAGUUUCCCACGGAAUCCAGGUGUCCACCGUCAAGAAGAGAAGGUCCACAGAYGAGGAGGUCUUUUGUUUACCCAUCAAAGGCCGUGAAAUUUACGAGAUUUUGGUCAAAAUCAAAGAAUCUCUGGAGCUGAUGCAGUUCCUGCCGCAGCACACAAUAGAGUCCUACAGGCAGCAGCAGCAGAACCUCCUUCAGAAACAGACUUCCAUGCCGUCUCAGCCCUCCUUCGGCUCCAGCUCCCCGACUCACGGAAAAGUCAACAAGCUGCCGUCGGUCAGCCACCUCAUGAACCCGCAGCAGCGCAACACGCUGACCCCGUCCAGCAUGUCCGGAGGCCUCACUGACAUGACUCCCAUGAUGGGCUCCCACCUGCCCAUGAACGCUGACAUGAGUUCACUGAGCCCCACACACGCACUGCAGCCACAGCUACCCCUGGUGCCCUCCUCCCACUGUACCCCCCCUCCUCCAUACCCCAUGGACAGCAGCAUCUCCAG